AUGACACAAAAACGAAAGAAUGAAAAACAGGCCCCUAAAAAGAAAAAGCUCGGAAAGAAACUCAAACCAGUGAAUCAAACCAAUAUUGAAUUUAAAACAAAGGGUAUUUUCAUGGCUCAUCAAAAUUUGAGAAGCGUGGAUACUCUGGAAAGUAAUUGGGUAACCAGUAGAAAUCUAGGCUUGAAUGAUAUUUUUCCUAAAUUAAAACAUUACAACGUAAAAACUGUAGUUUCUGCAAUGAAGAGUUUACUAGAGCUUGUAACAUUGCAUCCUGUAGUUUUGAAGGUGUAUCUCGGAAAAAUUUUGAAUGAAGUUACACCACUGAUGCUUGAUGGAAAUGAAGAUGUGCAUAAUGCAUUAUUUAACUUCCUAAAUUAUAGUUUAUCAAGAAUUUCAUCGGCCUCAAUUACUCCCUUCAUUUCACUAUUGAUGGCAUAUAUUACAAGUGGAAUGACUCAUCUAAUUGGCACUGUUCGAAGAUACUCUCUCAAAAUACUUUCCAAAUUUUUAGAACAUUUCCCGGUUCCUAUUGCACAAUAUUCGGUUCGAGUCAUGCCAAAUAUUUGCUACAUUUUCAUGCUUAGUCGAAUGGGUGUUGCCUAUAAGGGAGCAAGAUACAGAACCACUCAACAGUUAUGCGUGACAGUUUUAAAUAAUUUUUUGAGCAUACUUUUUGAGAACAACAAACUUGGAAUUCCAUCAAGCAAGAGAGUUUCACACACGCACACUCAUAAUCACAUGAAAAUGAAUUUGGUAAAUGCCAACGGCUCGUCGUCAUCUUCAUCGACCAAUUCCCUCUACUUUGCGCAUGCUUCCACUUCUGAAAAGGCUCAGUUUUCUUUUGAUUUAAUAGCUCAAAACAAAAUUCAACUCAUGACUCAAUUACUCACUCGAAAGAUGGCUACUCUUGAAAAUAUGGAGCAAAAAUCAUUGAAAUUGGAUGCAGACCAACUAUUGGAGCUUGGAAAUGAUAAUUCGAAGGAUCAAGAAGAACAACAUGACAACAAACCAACAGAACAGCCUUCUUUGAAAAAGCUCUUACAAGAAGAAAUGGAUAUCAAAAUAUACAAUCUUGAAGACGAGGAAUCCAUUGCUGAAUUUUUCAAAUUGAUAUUCAAAAUUCUAGUUGAAGUUUGGAUUGAAAUUUUCGAAGAACAACGAGCAUCCGCAGCAAGUCAUCACAUCCAAACAGAAUAUGUUCUCACUAUUAUCAAGUCAGUUUUGGACAUUUCCUAUCAAUUACUGUAUGCUUUUGAACAUACUCAGCAAGGUGCUCCAGAAAGCAAGAAUAUUCAUCGCAAAACGAUCAAUAAGGCUCUGAAACAAUCAAUUCAACAUUUUGUGACUAAAAUGCCACUGCAAUUGUCCUCAAAGAUUCGCCAGAGCUCUAACAACAUUGAUCGUACCAAUGCCAGUUUGUUGGCCAUGCUUUCUUUCUGUUUUGGUAGAUUUAGUUCUGAAAAAGGGUCUACUGAAAUUUCCUACAAGGAAUGGGAGCUGGUCUAUGUGAAACAAAUCACUCACUUUAUUUCAAACGCUGAAAACUUGAAUUUGGAAGAUGAAGAUUUUGCCAAACUUUUAGGAUCCUUCUACCGAAUUUACAGAUAUUUACCACCUGCCAUUGGAGCUCAAUUAUGGAAAUCAUUGACUGCUCUCUUUAUCAAACAGGGAGCCUACUCUUCGAAACAAAAAUUAAUUUUAGAGUUCUUUGCCAGUGUUGGGUUGCAAGAUGAAGCAAUCACACCUCAAGCCGAGGUCAUUGAACAAUGGGUCUCAGUGUUAAUUCCCAUGUUAUGCAAAUUGGACGAUGAGCAACAUUAUGAAAUUAGUCAACACAUUUUACAAGUACUCCUUGCAUUGGCUAAGAACCCAAAAUUCCAAUCGUAUAUUCAAAAGACCAUCGUUGAAUCCAUCGCUCCAUUCUUUUAUAACGAAGAGACGCAACGUUGUGGACCAUUUGUGCGAUUACCAAAGCGAUUACAAUCUCUCUCUUUGCAAUUGAUUUAUUAUUUUGAGUCAUUGAGCGCAGAUUUGAUGAAGCAAAUUUCCAAAGCAUGCUGUAACGUGGAACAACGACUUGAUUUUGAUUUAAUUACACAGGUCAUUGAGGUCAUUCGACAUCACACCACCAAAUCUGAAAAACGGUUCAAGCUCAAACCAUCGGUUCACAUUAGCUUUUUAUGUACAUUGUUGUGCUUUGUUUGUUCGAACCAUGGUAACAACGGGUCAACAACUUCACACGUUGGACUUGUAGGAAUUGGAGAUGUCAUUCAAGAAAUUGUUGUCUCUUUGCAAGAUUACUCUUCCACAUGCUUUGAAAUCAUGGCUCCCUUCUUGAAAUCAACUCUUGAAAAGCAAUUGAAGGUAGAGAAAAUGAAUAUGACUCUUGUAGGAGCAUUGUUGUUAAUUUCAUCCAAAUGCAUGCAAUGGUCAAAAUUGAACGAUUCUCCAUCUCACAACGAUCAAUCUACAACCAUGCUUUCAGAAUUAUUGAAUGUCCUUCUCCCUAAAAUUCUAAUUUCCUUCCUCAAGAAUACACUCUUGCUUCACAAACGAACAAGAUCCUCAUCAGUGAUUGUAAAAGAUUUACUGACUAAUUAUCAUCCCUUAUUUGGAAAAGUCAUUCAUGAAUUGCAAACUCAAUCAUCAAAACUCGAAAUUGACUUUAUUUUGGACAUUAUUCAUUCAUGCCUUAAAGUGGCAUUACCUUAUUAUUUUGAGGAGGAAAUCAAAUCCAAUUUCAGAAACGAAGAACAAACCAUCACAAACAAUGUUGGACCAAAGAGGGUGGAACAUGUCAUUCAACAAUUACACGAACAAAUCACGACACUUUUCAAGAGAAGUGAAUUUUCUGAUUCUACUCAUUCCACCAAGAAGAAUCAAAUACUUGGACUCUUGAAAAUGAAUAAAUAA